AACUUGGACUGAGCCACGGUUGUCGCGCGACGGGGACCAAAUGCAAUAGGAAGCGUGAAACAAUAGACCGAGAGGCAUACGCGUCACCGUGACGAGGAAACACCAUGGAGGCAUUAUAAUGAGAGAACCCCCCCGAAGUUUCUGAAGAGAAUUCCUCUGCUUUGGAUGCAGUUUAUCCUCCAGACAGACCAGGUUCUCGCCGGGUAAAUGCACGAGUAAAAGAACGAUCGGUUGCCUGUGGCUGAGGCGUGGAAUUCUUUGGAUGCGAUACAAAGUGACCACGGAGACAUCCCCGGUGAAUCAGACGAAUCAUUGUUACAACAUCCCCGCGCAAAUGCCUUGCGCGUAGGGACAGCAUACAUAGAGUCCCUGAUGUCAAAUUAUUUGCAUACUUACUUCCGCCCCAAGGAUCUACUUCUGCAUAAGCCGGCCAGCAGUUGAUACGACAGUAGCUACAGACACAUGUAGUCUACAUUAUCUAGCGAAGACAUGGAACCCUGAUAUCAACUUCAUUAGAAAAAGUGGGUGAACGUCGUGGGCGGCUGUCGUUUGGAUAAAGCGCCCGUCGGAGGGAUUGGAAGGACGAGAGAAGCUGCUAAUUCUUUUUUAUGCAUAUUGGAUUUUCUACUUGCAUUUGAAGAGGCGGACCUCUGUGACUGCCUGUUCAAAAUGCCGAAGGAAACACCGAUAUCUGCAUGCUGUACGUGGAAGUACAGUGACGUGAAGUAAAGUACAGUAUUUUGUCUUAACUCAUUCAAGGAUCGGAUAUUGCACUUGAGUCGCAGGGGGUACUUUUUUUUUUUGACAACAAGCUGGCUUUUGGGGCUGUAGGUUUGCUUCGAGAGAGAAAAUCAUAUUUUCCACUUGUUUUCUUAAAAGUUCAACCAUAAGCUACCGUUUUAUUCUAUACCUCUUCUGUCAAAUCUGAUAUCAAGCGCUUGAGGGAAAUUGCUUGACAGCAUAAGCUACUUCACGGUCACCCAUAGCCUACUGAUUAAAUAUUUAGGCGAUAUAGCCUAUUGAGUCUUAAUUCUAAUUUAAAGCAUUAUUCAGAUGUGUUGACUUUCAUUAUUUAUAGUAUUACAUGCCUAUAUUAUAAACAAAUAAUAGCAUCAAACGUUUAUUUAGAAAAUACUCUUUUCUAAAAGAGUUUCAUUUUUUCUUUUUUUACAACACAGUCAAUCUUACUGCGGUUGAAGUCAUUUGAUAUAGCUAACUGUUGUAUCUGACGUUCUGUAGCCUACUUGUGACUCGACACAUUCGUGAUUUUCUUCCCAAAAUGCCAUUUUGGCAACAGCGUACCUUGUUUUGCACAUAGAAGAAACCCGAACAGUUUUUCUUCUUGGGAAGCAUAUCAGAACCUCAUCCAAUCACACGAGAUAUAAUAACUAGGUUUCUUCACGAUGACUUUCUUGACUCAUGCAAUGCUACUAUUGCUACGUGGACUCGUCAUCUCUGCGGUACUUGGAUUGGAAAGCGGUUACUCGAAUGAUCUGUCGAGCCAUACGUCCAAUGCCGCAAUUGUGGCGACUACAGACCCGUGUCUGACGGUGAGGCCGCCAUGCAUAGGCGACGCCGACCGCUUCAGCCUGGAGGCCCUGCACCAGAUCCACAAGCAGCUGGACGACGACAACGACGGAGGGAUCGAGGUCAACGAGAGCGUGGAGUUCAUCAUAGAAGACAUGAAGCAACAGCAAACCAACAAACACAGCAACCUGCACAGAGAAGACCAACACAUCACUGUGGAGGAGCUGUGGAGGGGAUGGAAGACCUCCGAAGUCCAUAACUGGACCAUUGAGGACGCGAUCCAGUGGCUGAAGGAGAACGUAGAGCUCCCUCAGUACGAGACGAACUUCCGAGAUUUCCGGGUGGACGGAAACACUUUACCUCGAAUAGCGGCUAACGAAGCGUUGUUUAUCUCGUCCCAGCUGAAGAUCCUCGACCAGCGGCACAAGCAAAAGCUGAACCUGAAAGCACUGGACGCCGUGCUCUUCGGGCCCCCGCUUCGUCAGCAGCACAACUGGCUGAAGGACUUUGUGCUGAUGGUGUCCAUCCUGAUCGGGGUAGGAGGCUGCUGGUUUGCCUAUGUCCAGAACAAGUCGUCCAGGGUGCACAUCUCCCAGAUGAUGAAGGACCUGGAGAGCCUGCAGAGCGCCGAGUUCAGCCUCAUGGAGCUGCAGGAACGGCUGGAGAAGGCUCAGGAGGAGAACAGGACCGUGGCUGUGGAAAAGCAGAACCUGGAGCAGAAGAUGUUAGACGAGAUCAGCGGGGCCAAGAAGGAGGCUCACCGCCUGCGAGACCUGCGACAGGGAGCCGAGUGCGAGCUUAGCCGCCUCAAGUACGCAGAGGAGGAGCUGGUGCAGGUGCGUAUGGCUCUGAAGCGAGCAGAGAAGGAGAUGCAGUCAGAGUUCUCGGUGCCGGAGGCCCUGCAGAUGUGGCUGCAGCUCACCCAUGAGGUGGAGGUCCAGUACUACAACACCAAGAAGCACAGCGCCGAGCAGCAGCUCACCGUCGCCAAGGACGAGGCGGAGAAAAUCAAAAAGAAGAGGAGUUCAGUAUUUGGAACCCUUCAUGUUGCUCACAGUUCAUCUCUGGAUGAGGUGGACCACAAGAUACUAGAGGCAAAGAAGUCCCUGUCGGAGGUGACCGCCUGCCUGCGGGAGCGUCUCCACCGCUGGCAGCAGAUGGAGAAGCUGUGCGGCUUCCCCCUGGUGCACAACUCGGGCCUGCCCAGCCUCACAGCCACGCUCUACUCCGACCACAGCUGGGUGGUCAUGCCGCGGGUGUCCGUGCCGCCCUAUCCCAUCGCCGGCGGAGUGGACGACCUCGACGAGGACACGCCCCCGAUCAUUCCACAGUUUGCCUCAUCCACCAUGAUGCGCCCCCCCCUGAGCCGCAGCAGCAGCUUGUGUCGCUCGCGCCGCAGCCUCCUGGGCUCCCAGCAGUCCUCGCUCAUGUCCCCCGACCCCGACCUCCUGUCCAUGGCAAGCUCCGGCCUGUCCCACCACCCCGAGGGGGACGAGGAGCACCUCUUCUUCAACGUGGAGAGGAAAGGGGAUUGCACACAGGACACCUUCUCAGACACAGACUCUAUCAGCUCCAGCAUGGGCUCCCGUAAACAGCAGUACCCUGGCCCCUGCUCGGCUGGUCAGGAGACCCAGUACCGCAGGAUCUCCCGCGAGGAGAUGCUGAUCUACUCCCAGGACCCCUCCCUCGGCUCGGGGAACUCCCCCGCCUGCCUCAGGGACUCCACCCCCCCACCCUCCACCAACCCCUCCCCCGCCCUGGAGCACCAGAGCCACUCGCACAAGGGCUCGCCCGACCUCACCCGCACCCUCUUGCCCGAGUCCCAGAGCAUGCCCUUUGGCGGCGGCGUCCAACAAGCGGGUAUGGGGGCGUACAACGGUAUCUUGGAGAAGUCCUACAGCAUGGGCCAGCUGCCGGCGGGCAUGGGGCCCGUGGCAGGCCGCUACCCCUCCCUCACCUCACUGGACUCGGAGGGCAGGAGCAUGGGCAAGGAGCACAAGCUCCAGAGCACCUCCUCCCAAGACUCGAGCGACAAUGGCAGCGAGAAGUUCCGACGCUCCUCGUCUAAGAUUAAGAGCCUGUUCAAGAAGAAAAAGUGAAACUGUUGAAGAGCGAUGCCUCGAUCUUUAAAAGAUAAAGAGAGCGAGGGAGAGGGGGAGAGAGUGAGGGGGGAAGUUGGAAUUCACAGGGUGAAGGGAGACUUUGCUUUAGCCUUAAUAUAAAUGGAUGUCAUCAGAAACCAAUUCUUUUUUUUUACCUUUUUUCCUUUCUUUUCCUUUUCUCCUUUUGUUAAUUAUGGAAUGUAGAUCAGUCUGGGUACUUUGAACACCCCAGACUGGUAGCCUUAUAGUUCGAAAAUGCCUUUUUUUCACUCAUAGCCUCACAUUACAGCCUUCAAAGGUCGAAGAAAGGUCAACAAAAGGUCAAAGUGUCAAGGUCCAUGCAAGUUGUUUAUCAGACAACAUUUAAAAGCAUGACCUGCUCAUUGUUCUUUCUUGUUGUUUUGAGUUUGUAACAAAAAAAAAAAAAACGUGUGUAGGGGGUUUAAAGGUGCAAUCUGUAAAAUUGUUUCGCUAUUGUAACUAAUGACCAAUGCCUUUCUAAAUGAAAGGUUGGGUUUAAGAUUUUGAGACAGUAAAGUGUACAUUUCCCAUAGAGGAUCACUGUAUCACAGAAAAGCCUCAUGUGAACACUAGUAUAAACUUUCAGUAACGGUUGGAUUGAAUCAAAAAUAAUAACUAGUAAAUUGCGUUUUACGACAAUGCAGGUUUGAUUUGUUUUUCAGAUGAUUUUCUGAUUCUUUAUAUUUCCCGAUUACGGAUUGCACCUUUUUUAGGGUUUCAAUAGUAGGCUUAUUCAGCUUUAAGAGUUCCAGUUUCCCGAGGCUCCAGAGCUCAUGUACUUGACUAAUUUCCCUAGAAGAAAAUCCUGCUAACGUUUGUUGCACUAUUGCUUUCCUGUUUUGGGGGAAAGAGCCGCGGCCUGCGGAGUAAAUAUUGAAUAAAGUUGUAGAGUAAGGAACAAAGUAUGAAGAGAGGCAUUGAGUGCACAACAGGUGAUGUCAGAGCCAAAAUCAUUUGAUGUGUUUUGAAUGUCUCUCUUUAUGGAUUAUUCUAGAUAGAUAUAUAUAUAUAUAUAUACUUUGUUUUUACAGAAUUAAGUUCUUAUAGAUGUUUUUAAAAAGAUUUUUAUUGGUGGGGGUUCCCUAAGGAGUGACUGUGGUUUUUACUGAAGAGCAACAUAAGAAUAUGCAGAUUUAACCCGCACCCUUAAGUUAACUGUCUUUGUAACUUACACUACCCAAUGUGGAGCCCAUUUUUCCUUACUUGUUUCCUUGCGUCCAUGCAUCCUUUCUUAAUGGUCUUUCCUUGAAUACUCAUGUCCUCUCUCCUUACCUGUCUCGACAUUUUUGUUGGAAAGGAUUACCAGAGGGUCUUGACAUCAACCUUUUGACACCAAUGUGCUCUGAAACAGCAAGGACAAAGGACAUAAGGAACUGAGGUACAGCCUUUGCUUCCUUCCCUUCUCCUCUGACCUUUUUCCUGUUGUCGUCAUCCCUGGCUUCUUCAUGUGAAGUGUUCCUCACCUCCACGCCUAGACUGAGCGCUCUGUUUCAAGGGUUCUCUAUUUUCUCGCCGCCCUUUUUUUCGCCAUCCUGGACACGGCGCUUCACCGCUGGAUCACAACCACCACGUUUAUGACAAAAACGACCCAAGCUGAAAUGUCACGUGACGUGAGACAGUGACGGGCACGAUUGGGGUGGCAAACUUGUGACAAAAGUUGCGGUAUGUCACAGUACAGCACGCCACAAACAGGAAAAAAAGUUACAUGUGAGCAGAAAAUAUAAAUGUCUACAAGACGUUUGGAUUUUUGGAAUAUUUGUUGUGUGAAUAUUUGUAUACUGUAGAUAAAUUAAUAAAAAAUGGAGGCAUAACAAUA